ACUCUAUCGCCUCGAGAUCCUCCAGUCAUUGUAUUCGUGCAGAUUCGUGCGCCUAUCAUGUUUCGUGACGUACUUUUGUUGAUCGCGAGUGCAUUCAUAGGCAGCGGAGCGGUGUCAAUGUAUGUAAAUUGACGACGUUAGUUAAAAAAAUUGGUGUACUGUAGUCUGUCCAAAGUGUUUUUCCCAGCCUUAAUAUCGCCGAGAGGGAAUCGGUAAUCGCGUCAUUAUGGAUCAGGAGGAUGUUCUAACGAUACUGAAAAUUCUCAUGAUAGGUGAAUCUAACGUGGGAAAGUCGAGCAUACUCCUGAGAUUCACCGAUGAUGAAUUUUGCGAGAAUAUGCAAAGCACAGUCGGGAUGGAUUACAAAACCAAGCACAUAGUCAUCGAUGGCAAUACAGUGAAGCUUGCAAUUUGGGAUACUGCAGGUCAAGAGCGAUUUCGUACCUUAACACCCAGUUACUACAGAGACGGUCAGGGUGCUAUUUUAAUGUACGAUGUCACGGAUCGAAAUACUUUUGUAAAAUUAGAGACAUGGCUUAAUGAAUUAAAUACAUACUGCAAUAGAACAGAUAUUGUAAAGAUGGUAGUGGGUAACAAAAUAGAUCUGCCACAUAGAGAAGUGAGUACCGAGGAAGGUCUGCAAUUUGCCAGAAGACAUCAGACCUUGUACAUUGAGAGUAGUGCAAAAACAGCAGAUGGCGUCAAGUGUUGCUUCGAAGAACUUGUACAAAAGAUUAUACAAACACCUGGCCUAUGGGAUACUUACUCUACACGAUUGUACGACAAUGGCAGCAUGGGUGGUGUGAGGCAUCGAAUGGGAAAAAGAGGAAUGCAGUUGGUCAACGAUCAACCACAGCAAGAUGCAGCCUCAAAUUGUUACUGCAGUUUGCUAUAAUCAUGGUGUUAUAAAAAAAUGCAUGUUUGUUACGAUAAAUGUGUUAAGAAUGAGAGACUGCACAAAAAAGUAAAUUCUGAAAAACAAUAUGGAAUAUAUCACAUGGUACAUCAUCACUUCAUAUAUGCUAUGCAUUCGAAUCUUACAAAACUUAUUAGAAAAUAGUUUUGUAAGAUGUGCUUUUACACUUACAUUCAUAUACACAUACCAACUAUUGUUGGAAACUAAAUCUUGAAUCUGAUGUAAAAAUCUAUGGUGUAAAAAAAAUUAAUGAAAUUUUCUUUAUGUAAACACAAUAAUGUAUUA